CUAUAAUUAAUCUAUUUGAAACGCGUACCGGGUUUCUAAAAUGUCGGGCGUGGCUAUAUUUACUCCAUCGCAAACGCCAUAGCAUUCAGGGAAUUUGCAGAAAACGCAAUGACUGAGUUACUAGGCUGGUAUGGCUAUGAAAACACGAGAGACGAAAUGAAAUUGUCCAGGACCUGCAGAUCGCAGUCGACAAGCAGUUCCAUUAUAGGAUCUCCAAAAUCUGUUUCAGAUUGUUGUGGAUGGUGCAACAGGCCUGUAGACGAGAAUACAGCUCUAACGUCGGCCUCAGCUACAUACUGCUCCGAGUUGUGUUUUUCACAAUCUAGAAGAGCAACUUUCAAGAAAAACAAGACCUGUGAUUGGUGCAGACAUGUAAGACAUACGGUGUCAUACGUGGAUUUUCAGGAUGGAGCUUCCCAGCUACAGUUUUGUUCAGAUAAAUGCCUCAAUCAGUACAAGAUGCACAUAUUCUGUAGAGAAACGAGAGCUCACUUAGAGCUCCAUCCACAUUUGCACAAUGAAAGUUCGUCAUCAACUGGCGGUAAUCUCAUAACACCAGAUCUGUGGUUAAGAAAUUGUAGGUCUCCAGAGAACAAUAGAUCUCCAUCACCAGUACAAGCGUCGGCAGAUAAUAUGGAAGAAUUUGUGGAGAAGCCUCAACAGACUUCUCCUCUACCACUGAUAGCCGUCACACACCCAUCCAAAUUGAUGGAGUCGCCUGAAGUGAGGAAAAAUAGGUUCAAAUCGCAGAAGAAGACCAGGAAAAGAUUACCUUCAGCCACAGUUACAUGUAACAAUUACAUCAAGCCAAUUUCUAAUGACUUACCACAGGAUCUCAGGGUGCGGCAUACUCCCACAGAUUUUGAUAAUAAGGUAAAAGACAGAAUUCCAUCCGCGAAGCCCGAGUCUGCAAAACCAGGAGAAAACUGCAAGUCGACAAACCCGCCAGAGGAACCUAAAACUCCCUCAUUCUUCAAACCCUUUGGUGGUAUUCUUCCCUCUCCUACAUUGCUCGUUCCUUAUCCUAUCAUCAUACCUUUGCCUAUACCCAUACCUAUCCCCAUACCAAUCCCUCUCAAAGACCCUAACAAAGAGACUGCGGAGGUGUCCCUCCAAACCGAGGUGCUAGACGAAGACGCAACUAGUCAAACUGAGAUAGAUGUCGUAGGAUUAGAUGAGAAAGAAGACGAGGAGGUCAAAAGGAUAAGUACAAGACAUGUGAGGAAACGGAAGAGGCUGUAUGAGCCAAAGAUUGGGAUUAGGAAGAAGACUAUAGCCUAAGACAGGCGUGUAAUUUCAGUGGACGAUUUUUGAUGGAUGAGAGUGAACGACUGAUCAACCAAAUAUAGAAGAAACAAACUUUGAACUGGAUAGUAGGAUCUUUACAUCGACAGUUAAGGAAAGAAAAACAAAGCCUGUAAAAAAUGCUUGCAAGUUGUAAUGUUCAAAAUAAAACGAAAAACUGUAGAAAAGUCUCUUACAAUACUUUUCCGAAGGGGUUGAAAAUGUUGAUACUCCUACCUAUCAAAAAUUGAGGCUGAAAACGCUGCUUCACGCGUUCUAACCGAAUGUUGAGAACUGAAAUAUAAAAGACUUGUGUGGAACCAAUAUGAAUGAAUAAUAGUCAGACAACAAACCUGAUGCAGUUCUGAAUGAUCAGUUUUGAAAUGAUUUUGGUACUUUACAAAUGUAAUUUAUACAUAAACUACAUGCAGAUCGUUAAAUAUUUUUGUCAUAAAAGAAAAUACUUUGCGUGACUAGACAGGCUCCAGUAAGUCACUAACAUAAGAUAGCUAGUUCAACUAGCCGUUCAAUUAAUGGCAAAGCCUCUUUAUUAAACAGCGCAAUUCAAUGAAGGGCGUGAAUGACAUAUUUAGUCUAAUAAAACAGGCCAUUCAUAAUAGGGCAAUCAUGUAACAAUAAAAUAUAAAAUAUCUGAUGUUAAAAAAUGUUUAGUUGAUUAAUUUAAAUUAUGGCAAAUUUUUAUAUCAUAAUUAGGUGAUCCUAAUAAAAAAGAACACCUGUAAGCAAUAAAAGUAUUCUUUGUCAACGCAAUUUUCGCAGGCAGAUGUGCCUUCAUAACUCCUCUACUCUGGAAUAUUUUUAGUCUGAUUCGUAUGUAUUUUUCCUAAAUAUACCAAAAAGUAUCAAACGCGACGUUUCUGCAUUUGUCGAGUAGGAUAUAGUCAUUAAACAAAAUAUGGUUAUUAGAACAUGUAUUUGAGUAGUUUUUCACUGGAUUCAUAACAUCAUAUAGUAUCUUGUUGCGAUUCCAGGUGAGUCCUGAAAUAAAGUGAAUUUUGUUAUAGUGUUCUAAAAGUAUUUAUCCUGUGACAUUGUUCGCUGAUAAUCACACGGAUUUUUUGUUGAAGUGAUGCACAAUGCACAAUAUGAUGGACGUUACCUCAGACCUUGAAUCCUAUUAUAGCAUUGCUAAUAUUACAUAUUUGUUGUUUAAAAUUUCUCGUACUUUUUCUGGCAUUAUGUACUCGUAGAGGUCCCUGAUCGAAAAACGAAAAAUGUCCCUAAGAUUUCCUUGUAGGACCGAACUGUAUUUUGUAGUCGGUGGAUCAAUCAUAAACAAGAUAUACGAGAACGCGCUGUAUGAAAAUUAUACUUAUUUAAAAACAGCAACAAUGUUUCUUCAAGGAUCCUGUCGUCUGAUAUCAGUUUUACUAUCGUGAAUUUCUCUUUUUUCGACAUUGAAGCAAGAUGGCUGUAACAAUGGUCUUGCUAAAAUUUUUUUUAGUAUAAUUGUAGACACCAUUCUUGGCAGUUACGUCAUCAAGGCCGUAUGAAAUAAGUAAACAGAUCGAGUCUCCGUACCAUGGGCGGAUCUUAAUUUUCCUAACUGAGGGAAACCGAUUCAGAGUUAUUUACUAAACGUCAUUCUCAAAAAUCUUCUAAUCUAGUACAUAAACAUGUGACACGUUUUUAAAGUUGAAAUAAAAAAUAUAUGCGGAAUUUAUAAUAUAAUACAAAAUACAUUUAUUUUCCAACUUGAAGGAACAUUUAACAUUGGAUGUGGAUAUGUGACGAGCUUAUGAGUGCUCAAUUAUUUCUGUAGUGCAAUGCGACUGAAUAAAUUACUGCCAAACAACAAAUACAUUUUGAUGAUGAUGCUCUUAAACUCGAGCUUUCAAAAAAGGUGAAUUCUUUAAUUCACCGGUUGAUUCCACCACUGAUGGAUGCGGUGCUUAUGGUUGACACUGUUGACAGCUUUGUAUGGUGACGGCAGCAACCGGUUGAAUUAAAAGGACGGAUGUCUGGUCCACCGGUGGCACCGGUUGCUCAACCGGUGAAUUAAAAAAUACACCAAUAUAUGUCGCCUUGAUAAACGUCAAGCUUGUAAUCCGAAGGUUUAUUAAGGCGACAUAGACUUAAAAGCUUGAGCUUAAAAGCGUCAUCAUCAAAAUGUAUCUUUUUGUCUUGCAGCCAUUGCUUCAAUUGCAUUUUACUCCAACUGGGAUUGGGCAGUUUUUCUGUUAAGGCAUUAUCAACGAUUGCUAAAGAUAGCUCUCGUAACGCUGGUAUCAGCUUCUCACAUACCCAUUUUUGAAAGAUUGUCCAUGGAAUCGUGGUAGUCAGGACUUUUUGAUUUUGUAGCAAAUAAUAAUGCAGUAUCUCUCAAAAAACCGUUUUUGCUCCCAGCAUGGAGAACAACAUACCGCUUGCCGGUACCUGGAUGGCCGCUUUCCAAACUCUUUACGUUUUUAUCUUCCCAAACGACACUUCUCGUUUCAUCUGAGAAAACGCAUUGGAGAGGGUUCGUACUAUUCAGGUUACUCCGCAAGUUUUCAAUAGACGCCUUAAACUUGAAUCCGAGGCGUUGUAUAUGUACCUUUUUUAAACUGCUUAAAUCUAGUUACAAAAUCUACUGUGAAAACAUGAUACUAGUCUGACAAUUUGAAUGCAGAACGAGUUAUUUAAUUGUACUGCCUGAAAAUGUGUUUCCCCACAUUUGAAGUAUUAAAGUAUCCAAAUACAAACUACUGAUGUACUUAGUCAAUAUUCUAGCUCUGUGACUGAUAAGGUGCAAUUUCAGGAAUAUUAUUGUGUUAUUAUUUUAUAAAGUACUGAGUUAUUUAUUUUGAACUUAACCCAUAACUUAUUAUAUACAAUAAAUC